CCGAAAUGCUAUCAUAAAAACAACCCUGAAAGAAACCCCCAAAAGUUAGCGUUUACCUUGUGUGGUUUGCCCCAAAUCACACUACUCUCCAAACCAAACCAAACCAGAUCCAAACCUUUCGAUCACCAUUUCAACCAUGUUCCGGCAAGCAGCUCAUCGCCUCUUCACCCGAUCCACCACCACCACCACCACCACCAUCCGCCGCCUCUACUCCACGGAGGUCGCCACCGAUGCCUCCUCCGGCGACGCUGCUUUCGUUGAGGCCUGGAAGAAGGUCGCCCCUAACAUCGACCCACCAAAGACUCCGAUCCAGUUUAUGGAGCCCCGCCCACCUACCCCUUCCACUUUGCCCUCUAAACUCACCGUCAAUUUCGUUCUUCCUUACGCUGCUGAACUCUCCAAAGCAGAGGUUGAUAUGGUGAUAGUUCCAGCAACAACGGGCCAAAUGGGUAUUUUACCUGGACACGUACCGACAAUUGCAGAGCUCAAACCAGGUCUUCUUUCAGUCCAUGAAGGUAACGACGUGAAGAAAUAUUUCAUCAGCAGUGGGUUUGCUUUCGUGCACUCAAACUCUUACGCAGACAUAUUGGCUGUUGAGGCUGUUCCCCUUGACCGAAUCGACCCAGCACAAGUACAAAAGGGUUUAAGCGAGUUCACUCAGAAGCUGAACUCAGCAUCAACUGAUUUGGACAAAGCCGAAGCCCAGAUUGGAGUUGAUGUUCAUAGUGCUCUUAACUCUGCUCUUACCGGUUAAGAGUGGUGGCUAGUGACCACUUUUGUGAUCUUUUUUCAACUACAAAUAAGAGUUUUUUCUCGACUUUUGUUAUGUGAACGGGAAAAACUUUGAUAGAAUGUUUUUCCGUUAUUGUGUGUUCAUGCUGAUUAUGAGAUUAUAAUGUAUCUUGAAAUUUGAACAGAUAUUCAAGAAGUUUAUAUCUUUAUGGUAUUUUUGCUUGGGCAGAUUA